CUCUCUCUAAAGCUCCAUAUAAAUAGCUUAACAAUAACCAAACGCCGUCACUCUCCUUCACUCACACACUCCAGUAUUAGUGGUCUCUGUGAGCUCUCACACACUCUCUCUCUAAACCUUUCCGCAGCCACCACUCCCUUUCUCUCUCUAGAAAUGAUCGCAUAAUCACCGGAGCAAUUCACCAUCACCGGAAAAUCGGAGAUCUCUCAAUCUCCGACAACCUAAAUUACUCUCUUUUUCUUAAUUUAUUCACUUCCGAUUAGUUUAGGGUUUAUUGAUUUUAUCAUAAAUUAUUGAUUUUGAUUAUGGCUUCGGAAAGCAUGGCUUCGGAGGAUGUGAAGAGUGGCGAAUCAGCGGUGACGAAGAUCGUGAAUUUGGCGGAGGAAGCUAAGCUCGCUAGAGAAGGUGUUGUUAAAGCGAAGCCUAACUAUGCGUUUGGUAGCAUCUGCAAAUCUCUCGUUGCUGGUGGUGUCGCCGGAGGAGUAUCACGAACUGCUGUUGCUCCGCUCGAACGAAUGAAAAUUUUGCUACAGGUCCAGAAUCCUCAUAACAUAAAAUACAGUGGAACAAUACAAGGCCUGAAAUAUAUAUGGAGAACUGAAGGAUUCCGUGGACUUUUCAAGGGAAAUGGUACUAAUUGUGCUAGAAUUGUCCCAAAUUCUGCUGUGAAGUUCUUCAGUUAUGAGCAAGCUUCUAAAGGUAUACUGCAUUUGUAUCGGCAGCAAACUGGAAAUGAGGAUGCUCAGCUGACUCCUGUUUUACGUCUUGGAGCUGGAGCAUGUGCUGGAAUAAUUGCUAUGUCUGCAACUUAUCCGAUGGAUAUGGUCCGAGGCAGGAUAACCGUUCAGACUGAGAAAUCCCCUUAUCAGUACAGAGGAAUGUUCCAUGCUUUGAGUACUGUGCUCAGGGAAGAAGGACCACGUGCUUUAUAUAAGGGCUGGCUUCCUUCAGUAAUUGGAGUUAUUCCUUAUGUAGGUCUCAACUUUGCUGUCUAUGAGUCUCUGAAAGAUUAUUUGAUUAAAACUAAACCAUUUGGUCUAGCCCAAGAUUCUGAGUUGAGUGUGACAACACGCCUUGCCUGUGGUGCUGCUGCCGGAACUAUUGGACAAACUGUUGCUUACCCUCUUGAUGUCAUUCGUCGAAGAAUGCAGAUGACCGGUUGGCACAAUGCUGCUUCUGUUAUAACUGGGGAUGGAGUAGGCAAAGUCCCACUUGAAUAUACUGGAAUGGUUGAUGCAUUUAGGAAAACUGUUCGGCACGAGGGAUUCGGUGCAUUAUACAAGGGUCUGGUGCCCAAUUCUGUUAAGGUGGUUCCAUCCAUAGCGCUUGCAUUUGUAUCAUAUGAGAUGGUGAAGGACAUUUUAGGAGUGGAGAUCAGAAUAUCAGACUAAAGCUUGAUAGCCGCCCCAUAUUAUCUGUUUACCUGGUGGUGUGGUUUUCUCCUCUCUUUUUUGAUAGGCAAGGGGACAUAGAGAUGGCAACUUCAAAUUAUUUUCUUGUUUUUCAUCUCACUGAGGAUGAGUUUAGAACUCUAGAGUUAGUGUCUAUAAAUUUAUUCCCUUGUUCCUAUUUGUUUUCUUUGCAAACGUGCUGUAGUUUUCAGCUUCUUAUUCAUACUCCAUGUCAAUAAGUGUUGUGGAAAAACAAUGCAAUGACACAUCUGCCUAGCUUUCUGCACUAGUUAAGAAAGCAUUUUUCUUAGUGGAAUUUGAUGUGCUUGAUAUUUCCAUUCUAUGCCUUCCAUACACUAUCCCUAAAAUAAUAUGUUUGGAAUGAUUGUGUUAAA